AUGAAGCUGCUCGUGAACUUCAUCUCUGGCAACAAGGCGUCGGAAGAAAAUCACUUCACUCUUUGGAGCAGGGAGCUGAUCUUCAGACCACAGAAGGAUGGCGGGCUGGGGGUUCGGGAUCCCUUCAUUGAACUCAGCGGCCUGGCUGCUAGGAGGGUGGGGAAGCUGGUGUUGAACAGGAGUGGUGUCUGCAGGUGGUUGGCGACGAAGGUGGCCGACCUCCCUGCUGGCUUCCGCUCCUUCUGGGCGCACCCGGAUUUCCUGAAAGAGUGGAAAGGUCGGAGCGUCAGGUGGAAGCAGACUUGCGAAUUGUUCAUGAAAUCAAGUGUGGCAAAAGGGGGGCCAGUUUUGCGCUGGGAUGUUGCGCAGGAGCCGCUGGUGUUUAAUCGGCAGGUCUUGCCUUACGGGAAGAAGCCGCUAGGCCGUCAGGCAGCGGCGAAAGGUCUUGAGCUGAUGAAGCUUGGUGAUUUUGUCGGUCGUGCGGAAGACGGUACGCGCUUUUUCAAGGAUGAUAAGGCGUUGGAAAAGGAGAUGGGUACGCUCAAGAAGGCGCGAAAGGCGCUGAGAUUCUUUGGCAGUGUCCCGGCCUCGUGGAAGGAGAAGCUGCUGGCGCCAGUCACGGGGGCAGAAAUUUUGGCAGAAUCAUCAUACGUGAAGAAAACAGGAGAGGUGGGAGUCUAG